UUGUUAUUUGGAUGUGUUCUUUAACACAUCUGAAUUGGGAGGGAGGGGCAAAGAGACUCCAGUCCCAUUAGAACAUGGGGGAAGGCAGUCGGAAGGGAGAGGCAGGCUUCCUAGGUUCUAUUAUGUGACUUCAUAAGAACUAGUCCACUGUGCUUCCUCUACUAUCCCACUCCACCAUGCCUUCCAUCUUGCUGUAUCUCUAUCUCUCUCUUCCUGGGUUCUGGGCCUUGGACUCCUUGAGUUGUCCCUCAGGAAGUCAUUCCUGCCUGGCCUUCAUUACCCCCAAUCCAACUACUCUGUCAUGUCCUGCCAAAGAUUCCACCUGGUUUUUCCAGCCCUUAUUCCACUCCUUCCCCAGGAAGAAGUUGGUGAUCCCCGAGGCCAGUGGGGACCUCCACCUGCUGCAUACCUCCACAGAGAGAUCUGGCACCUACAUCUGCCAAGAUGAGGCAGGUAACACUCGAGCAGUGUACAACGUGGACUUUCAGGAUGGGGCCAAACUCUAUCUCAGUCACAGCGAGUUGGAACAGCAGCCUCUGAAGAACCAGACCGUGGGAAACAGCAGCCAGUGGACACUCUUUACCCAGUGGGGGCCCUGGCAAGCCUGUGACCGCUGUGGCAUUCAGGGGGAACGGAAACGUGUGGGCCUCUGCUAUGCCAGGAGAUUGGAACAGCCGGAGCUGCCCUGUGGGCUGGCCGACCUUAGCCCACAAGAGCUUCAGCGGGGGCCGGAGCUGCAGAUUGAAAGCUGCUUUGUCCCCUGUGGGCCCAACGGCCCUGAAUCCACCGUGGUACUUUAUGGGACUUACAACUUGGAGGAUAACAGCACUGUGUGGCUCAGUUGUCCCUUUGCCACCAUCUACAGACCAGUGAGCUGGGAGGCCAAGGACAUUUCCCCAACCUGGCUGCAGCAGCUGUCUCCCAACAACUCGGGUCCAAUCUUGGAUCUCCCCUCCGGAGGGAGCCGCCUGCGAGUGACCACUUCUGGCACUUACCGCUGCUAUGUGAGCCGCAAGCUGGUGGGGCGUUUCGAUGCUGCCUGGACCCACAAUACCCCAGUGGCCCACAGCCGGUCUGAAUUGAUCCGCAUCUACUCUGUGAUUGAGGCUGUCAUGGUUAUGGCCGUGCUGCUCCUCAUUCUGCUCAGCUUCAUCCAAAUGUGCAGGACCAAGCUGAGCAGCAAUGUCUAGGGACGGAAUAAAGUGGGACCAUGACGUUG